GGAGCGGGAGCGCCGAGCCGCGGCUUCCCGGCUGCCCUGACUUUUGAAGAAAUCUCAAUGAACUAUUUGUAGGGAAUCACUGAUCCUGCCUGCAAGGAUUUUUUUUUUUUUUUGGUUUUUUUUUUCCUUUGUUUUUUUUUUUUUUUUUGCACGGCAGAGACACUCGAUCAGUGUUCAAGGAAGAUCACAUCUUACAUGCGAUCUUGACUUUUUUUUUUGUCUUACAUUAUAUUUUUAUAGAUUUUUUUGUUGUUGUUAUAAUCAUGGUGCUGGGAAAGGUGAAGAGUUUGACAAUAAGCUUUGACUGUCUUAAUGACAGCAAUGUCCCUGUAUAUUCCAGUGGGGAUACUGUCUCAGGAAGGGUAAAUUUGGAAGUGACUGGGGAAAUCAGAGUAAAAUCUCUUAAAAUUCAUGCAAGAGGACAUGCGAAAGUACGCUGGACUGAAUCUAGAAAUGCCGGCUCCAAUACUGCCUAUACACAGAACUACACUGAAGAAGUAGAGUAUUUCAACCAUAAGGACAUCCUAAUUGGGCACGAAAGAGAUGAUGAUAAUUCCGAAGAAGGCUUCAACACUAUUCAUUCAGGAAGGCAUGAAUAUGCAUUUAGCUUCGAGCUUCCACAGACACCACUUGCUACCUCAUUCGAAGGCCGACAUGGCAGUGUGCGCUAUUGGGUGAAAGCCGAAUUGCACAGGCCUUGGCUUCUACCAGUAAAAUUAAAGAAGGAAUUUACAGUCUUUGAACAUAUAGAUAUCAACACUCCUUCAUUACUGUCACCCCAAGCAGGCACAAAAGAAAAGACUCUCUGUUGCUGGUUCUGUACCUCAGGCCCAAUAUCCUUAAGUGCCAAAAUUGAAAGGAAGGGCUACACCCCAGGUGAAUCAAUUCAGAUAUUUGCUGAGAUUGAAAACUGCUCUUCCCGAAUGGUAGUGCCAAAGGCAGCCAUUUACCAAACACAGGCCUUCUAUGCCAAAGGGAAAAUGAAGGAAGUCAAACAGCUUGUGGCUAACUUGCGAGGGGAGUCCUUAUCAUCUGGGAAGACAGAGACGUGGAAUGGCAGGUUGCUGAAAAUCCCACCCGUCUCGCCCUCUAUUCUUGAUUGUAGUAUCAUCCGUGUGGAGUAUUCACUAAUGGUAUAUGUGGAUAUUCCUGGAGCUAUGGAUUUAUUUCUUAAUUUACCACUCGUCAUUGGUACCAUUCCUCUGCAUCCAUUUGGUAGCAGAACCUCCAGUGUAAGCAGUCAGUGUAGCAUGAAUAUGAACUGGCUUGGCUUGUCCCUUCCUGAAAGACCUGAAGCACCACCCAGCUAUGCAGAAGUGGUAACCGAGGAACAACGGCGGAAUAAUCUUGCCCCUGUGAAUGCUUGUGACGACUUGGAGAGGGCACUUCAAGGACCACUGUUUGCAUAUAUCCAAGAGUUUCGGUUCUUGCCUCCACCUCUUUAUUCAGAGAUUGAUCCAAAUCCUGAUCAGUCAUCUGAAGACAGACCAUCCUGCCCCUCUCGUUGAAGAAACUCUUGGUUGAAUCAAGUUGAUGUUGGUUCCGAACUGUCUCUCUUCCGGCUGAGAACAGAGAAGUACCCUGGAGACACGUUUUCAGAGGAAGUGGAAUUGCUUUUGCCCAGAAAAAUGGCAAUUACAUGAAACAAGCAGUGAUCAUGCUUUAGAGAACCCUGCAGCAACAUUCUGGGACUGCUCCAAUGCGCUUGAAGAUCUCAGCUUCUCUCCUUUCAAACUGGCACAUACUAAGAGCAGUCUUAGCCUGCGGUCAGGCGUGUCAAGACACCACGUUGUGAAGAAGGACGGUUUCCUUCUAUUGAUUUGAAAAUUUGCACAUGCUCAAUGCUUACAUUGUGCAGUUCGAUGUCACUACAGCUUUUUUUUUUUUUUUUUUUUUUUUUUCCAUUUACGCCAGACUCUUGAUAUUCUUUUAAACUUGUUUGUGGUCAGCACAACAAGCAACGAAAGAAAGCUUUGACGAACUUUGACAUGAAAGAAACGCACUGACAGUUUUUUUUUUUUUUUUUUUUAAUUUAAUAUAGCCUGGACUUUACCUGCGUAUGCACAUGCUCAGAAUUGUCGUGCUAGGCUGACCAUGUAUCACCUCUUCAGCUUGGAUCCUAUUGUGGAUUUAUUUACAAACAUCAAAUGCCUUCAAGCCAAUCCUUUUUGCUGUAUGUUUUGCAGCCUACUGUAGUAGAUAUGCAACAGAUCAGUGUGUGGGGGGAAACAAGAGGAGGAAGCUAAUAAGAGACUCUGUCAAGACUGUAUACCUUCUUGGUUUCUUUUGAGAAUUUGUUGCCUUUCUACUAUUACAGCAAAGCAGCAUUUUGUUACUGACUGCCUAAAAUCACUUAAAUCUCAGGUGAACGCAUCACUUGCCAAACUGUUGAAAUGCUAUUUGUGUUUUGUUGCACUGUUGUUUUUUUGUUGUUGUUGUUGUUAUUGUUGUUGUUGUUUAUUUGGUUGCUUUUUGGAGAGGGAAAUUUGGAGACGGGACAUACACAAAAAUGAUAACCCACCCGCAUACCCUUUUAUCAUUAUAUAUAAGAAGAAACUAGCAGAGCUAAGAAUGGAGUAAAAGACGGUAGGACAGGCACCAGCAAAGAGUUAAGGGCUGUUGCUCUUAAAAAUUAUUUUUAUUUUAAAAGUAAUAGGAGUUUUCCAGUCACUAGGGAAAGGAAGGGAAAGUACAUUUAUUUUUAUACAAAGCUACUUAAUUACCUCCAAAACACAUAUGUUGGAAAUCAUUUUUGCUGAGGCAAAGUACUUUAAUGAGCAAGAAUGUAUAUAUGCUGAGGUUAUGAUUAGAGAACAUAAUUUAUACAUUUGCUAUUCUGCUCCAAGUUUGAGAGUAUAAAGUCACAAGUUUAUUCCAAAAAAUCCGUAACUUCACAGUUAAAAAUAUUAGAAUGUUUGCUGGGAUAGGUGUGUGUGGAUGUGUGAUCUCUUUUUAAAAAUGACUUUUUCACAUUGUCUAAAGGAUCACUGCUAACCUAGGAAAUCACUCUUUUGUGAGUUUUGAGUUUAUAUAGGUUUAUAUAAGUAAACUGAAAAGCUGUCACAUCAGGAAGUUACAGUUAAUUUUUUUUAAGAUAGUUGAUGGUUGGAUCAUAACAAAUAUACCAGCAUUCAUGAUAACAUUUAAACUCCAUUUUCCAAAGUGCUAAGGGUACGGAUGAUUUUUAGGAGGAAUCCAGCUCUUGUUUUUCAUUAAAAUCAGCAUCUAUGAUGUUGCAACAUACGUGUGAAAUGGGUGUGACAUCUAUCCUGCCAUUUACACUUAACCCCACCGUAAAUACAGUGGCUGAAAAUAACAGUAACUCUGGCUUGGUGCUUGAACCUGGUUAAAUACUGUCUUAAAGCUUCAUACAAAAUAGGCUUUUCCAUAAGUGGCCUUUACGAAAACAUGGAAGACAAUUCAUGUUUGAAAUAAUGCUGACAGGGUGAAGAAAGCCCAGUGUAAAAAUGAAUCGCGUUUUAAGUGAUUCAGUUAGAGGGUUUGGGCUCCCGUAGCAAACUAAUACUAGAUAAUAAGGAAAUGGGGGUGAAUUAUUUUUUAUUAUUGUUAAAUCAUUUUGUGAAUGUCCCCCUCAAAAGAAGCUAAUGGAAUACUUGGCAUAAAGGGCAUUUGGUGGUUUUUAUUUUUGUUUGGGGGGGUUGGUUGUCAGAAAAUCCCUUUUCUUUUCUCUUAUGUCUGACUAGGGAACAAUUGUUGAUAUGCAGAGCAUUGGAAUACUUAUUACCAUGUUCUUUCACAACAUAUUAAGCAAGAAUGACCAAUAUUCUAAUAAUUGGCAUUGGGUCACAAAGUGUGAUAAAAGUUUAAAUUCUUAAGACUUUAUGAGAUAAAGUUUUAUUUUCCCCAUUAAAGUAUUUCUUUUAAUCACUUAAAGGCAUUAAGUUUUUCUAAUAUUGGUCAAUUCCUGACGUAAGAUGUGAGGUUCACAGUUGUAUUCUAGUAUUCAAGAUAGAUUCCUGAUUUUUCAAUUAGGAAAAGUAAAAUCCAAAAUGUUAUCAAAACAAAGUGCAAUAUUAAAUGUUUGCUUUAUAGAUUAUCUUCUAUGGCUGUUUGUAAUUUCUCUUUCUUUUUUAUUUGGUGCUGAACAUGUCCUUGUAGGCUCUGUUUUAAGAAAACAAUAUGUGGGAAAUGACUUAAUUUUUCCUAUUGCUCUUCCUUGUGGAAAAUAAAAGUGUUUUUUUUU